AUGGCGGUUCACAUGCGCAAACUGCCCGGCCAGCUCACCGUCGUCAUCAAACUCGGCACCUCCUCCAUCGUCGACGAGAAGACGCACCAGCCGCUCCUCUCCAUCCUCUCCCUGAUCGUCGAGACAGCAUGCUCCCUACAUGCCGCCGGCCACCGCGUCGUCAUCGUAUCCUCAGGCGCCAUCGGUGUUGGCCUCCGACGUAUGAACCUCCCACGUCGCCCAAAGCAUCUCCCCAAAGUGCAGGCCCUCGCAGCUAUCGGCCAGUGCCGCCUCAUCAGUCUGUGGGACCAGUUAUUCGGCAAUCUGGAACAGCCCAUUGCGCAAAUACUGCUGACGCGGAACGACAUUGCGGACCGAACACAGUAUCAGAAUGCGCAGAACACCUUCAUCGAGCUGCUGAGCAUGGGCGUCAUCCCGAUUGUGAAUGAGAAUGACACGCUCGCCGUCACCGAGAUCAAGUUCGGCGACAACGACACGCUGAGUGCCAUUACCGCCGGCAUGGUGCAGGCCGACUAUCUGUUCCUGAUGACCGACGUCGACUGCCUGUACGACAAGAACCCGCGCACAAACCCCGACGCAAAAGCCAUCGAAGUCGUCGAGGACAUCGCCGACCUAGCCGUCGACGUCAGCUCAGCAGGCAGCGCCCUAGGGACAGGCGGCAUGAGCACGAAAAUCGUCGCCGCCCGCCUAGCCACAAGCGCAGGCGUAACAACCGUCAUAACCAAGAGCAGCAAGCCCGGCAACAUCAGCGCCAUCAUCCGCCACGCCGAGCAGCAGCGCAAAGCCGCAGGCAUGUCGAGCCGCAACUCCGUCACAAACUUCCUAACCGACGACGGCGUGCCCGUCGCGCAAACCGCUGCCCUCAACCUACACGACCUCUCCACCUCAACAUCCUCCCUACGCGAUGAAACCCUCGUUGACCCCGAACCAGUGCCCCUCCACACCCGCUUCCUCCCCAUCUCCCACCCCAUCCGCGACCGCUACUUCUGGAUCCUGCACGGCCUCGCGCCCCACGGCACGCUGUACAUCGACCACGGGGCGUGGGCCGCGCUGAACGACAAAGCGGGGCUUUUGCCAGUCGGCAUCGUAGACGUAGACGGCCACUUCGCCCAGCAGGAAGCAGUCCGCAUCUUCGUCGUCAAACGCUUGCCGUCACACAACGCACAUCCAGCCACCCCCUCAACCCCAACAUCAACAUCGACAUCCACAACGACUACAACACCCCUAGCACCAAUCCCCAUCCGCCACCCCCUCGUCCACUCCAUCUCCCACUCUACCCCAUCCUCAAACACACACACCCCCGCAGCCCCUCCACAAUACGAACUCCACAACCCCGCGCCCUUCGAAAUAGGCCGCGCGGUGGUAAACUACUCCGCCGCGGAGAUUCGUCGCAUUAAGGGUUUGCAUAGUACGCAGAUCCAUGAGGCGUUGGGGUAUGCGGAUAGUGAGUAUAUUGCGUUGCGGGAGAAUGUGGCGUUUUUUGGCGUCGAGAGGAGUAGGCCCGGGACGCCGAGACUGGGUGGUGCGGGGGGAGGGGUGGAUGUUUGA